AUGCAUGUUUCAAACGACGGGUUGCCAGCCAACUACCAAUGGUUUUCGGAUCAAAUUGCGGGUCAUCAUCCUUCUGUGAUCAAAAACGGAAAACGCGAAAUCGGACUCCUAAAGUCGCCCGGAUCGAAAGAGAUCUUGAAGCCAAAACAGGACGCAGCACGAGGACUCAGAGAGGUAGCCAUUUACCGUACGUUGUCGUCGGAAGUGACAACCACUCUUCCGGAGUUACGCAACGAGUUUUCCGGUGCUCGGAAGGAAGAUGUCACAUGGAUGCGACGACUGACUCCAAAAUACUUCGGUCUUACACAACUCCAUGUUGACGACGAAGAUCAUGAAUUCUUGAUUCUUGAAGACGUCACCGCUGAAUAUAAAUUACCAGCAAUACUUGAUCUGAAAAUGGGCCAGGUUACUUAUGAUCCAUUGGCAUCACCGGAAAAAAUCGAAAAAGAAUCUCGAAAAUAUCCUCCACAAGCCAAUGUCGGAUGCCGGAUUCUUGGCUACCGCAUCCAUAAUGAGGAUGGCGAUGUCGAAGUUCGCGACAAAGAUUGGGGCAAAUCCUUCAAUGAGGAUACUAUCAAAGAUGGGCUAAAAGAAUUCUUUAACGCUCGCCCGGAAUGUGUUUCAAAAGUCGUUGAAGAAGCAAAACAUGCCUUGAAAGAUAUCGAAGCGUUUUUCGAGUCUCAGAGGUCAUUCAUGUUCUUCGCUUCUUCUCUUUUGUUUGUCUACGAGACAUCUCCAGAUCUUCCAAUAAAUCUUCGAAUUGUGAUGAUAGAUUUUUCGCAUGCGUUUGCUUCAAAUGGUAGUCGUGACGAAGGCUACUUGUUCGGAAUCAAGAACCUAUUCAGAUUUCUCAAUGAAAUCCAAAAAAGCCCAUAG